AUGAAUAACAAUAACUUCAAGAUAUUAUCUGCGUUCCGUAGGUUGGCCUCUACAGGUACAUAUCCUGGAUCACAGAGGAUGUCCUUACCAAGAAGACCAAUGAAGAAAAUCAAAUUAGGAAAAGCUAGACCUGCCAUUUAUCAUCAGUUUGAAGUUGCGGUAGAGAUGAGUGAUGGUAGUGUGGUAAUGAGAAAGUCCCAAUUCCCGAAGGCUGAGGUUAGAUUAAUUCAAGAUCAAAGAAAUAAUCCAUUAUGGAAUACGAGUAGGAGCGAUUUAAUCGUUGUUGAUGCCAAUGCAGCUGGUAGUAUUGAUAAGUUCAAACAAAAGUACUCAUCCAUAUUUUCCGUUGAAGAAGAGACUUUAGAAUCAACGCCUAAUGGUAAUGACAAAUCUGUAACAGAUAUAAAGAAACAAAAGGAAGAAACCAAGAAAACGUCAAAGAUGGUGACACCUGAGACGGCCGAGGACCACUCACAUGACGAUUUUGGUAUGGACGACUACUUAUCUUUAUUGGAUGACAGUUCAAAACAGAUAAAAUCUGGUAAAAUUGCAUCCAAAAAGAAUUCAUCAAAGAAGAAGUAG